UUCGGGGCUCGGCACCCUCAUCCCCACCCUCCCUGGGGCUUCUCGGCUGGCUCGCGGACCCCGCGGGAGUCUGUUGGCGACCGGGGACAGGCGCCGGGUGGGAUUUCCCCCUUUGCUGCCGCUGUGCAUGGUCUGGGCUCCCCCUUUCUCGUGAUGAUGAGGUACCUGCAGAUAUGGUUGCAGAAGAAUCAGGUCCUGGUGCACAAAAUAGUCCAUACCAGCUUCGCAGAAAAACUCUUUUGCCAAAAAGAACAGCGUGUCCUACAAAGAGCAGUAUGGAGGGUGCCUCAACUUCAACUACAGAAAACUUUGGUCAUCGAGCAAAGCGUGCAAGAGUGUCUGGAAAGUCACAAGAUUUAUCAGCAGCACCUGCUGAACAGUAUCUUCAGGAGAAACUUCCAGAUGAAGUAGUUUUAAAAAUCUUCUCUUAUUUGUUGGAACAAGAUCUUUGUAGAGCAGCUUGUGUGUGCAAACGCUUUAGUGAACUUGCUAAUGAUCCAAUUUUGUGGAAACGAUUGUAUAUGGAAGUAUUCGAAUAUACCCGCCCUAUGAUGCAUCCUGAACCUGGAAAAUUCUACCAGAUUAAUCCAGAAGAAUAUGAACAUCCAAAUCCAUGGAAAGAGAGUUUCCAGCAGUUGUAUAAAGGUGCACAUGUAAAGCCAGGAUUUGCUGAACAUUUCUACAGUAACCCUGCAAGAUAUAAAGGAAGAGAAAAUAUGUUGUAUUAUGAUACUAUUGAAGAUGCCCUUGGUGGAGUACAGGAAGCUCAUUUUGAUGGGUUAAUCUUUGUUCAUUCUGGAAUAUAUACUGAUGAAUGGAUAUAUAUUGAAUCUCCAAUCACCAUGAUUGGUGCAGCACCUGGGAAAGUUGCAGACAAAGUUAUAAUUGAAAACACUAGAGAUUCAACUUUCGUCUUUAUGGAAGGUUCUGAGGAUGCUUAUGUUGGAUAUAUGACAAUAAGGUUUAACCCUGAUGACAAAUCUGCUCAACAUCAUAAUGCACACCACUGCUUAGAGAUCACAGUAAAUUGUAGCCCUAUUAUUGAUCACUGCAUCAUCCGAAGUACAUGUACAGUCGGCUCUGCAGUAUGUGUAAGUGGUCAAGGAGCAUGUCCCACUAUCAAGCAUUGUAACAUCAGUGACUGUGAAAAUGUUGGACUUUAUAUAACAGAUCAUGCACAGGGAAUAUAUGAAGAUAAUGAAAUUUCUAAUAAUGCAUUAGCUGGGAUUUGGGUUAAAAAUCAUGGAAAUCCAAUUAUUAGACGGAAUCAUAUUCAUCAUGGACGUGACGUUGGUGUAUUUACAUUUGAUCAUGGCAUGGGUUACUUUGAAAGUUGCAACAUACACAGAAACAGGAUAGCAGGCUUUGAGGUAAAAGCCUAUGCUAACCCCACAGUAGUUCGAUGUGAAAUUCACCAUGGACAGACUGGAGGAAUAUAUGUCCAUGAAAAAGGAAGAGGACAGUUCAUAGAGAAUAAGAUCUAUGCAAACAACUUUGCAGGUGUAUGGAUUACCUCAAAUAGUGACCCAACCAUAAGGGGGAAUUCUAUAUUUAAUGGAAAUCAAGGAGGAGUUUACAUCUUUGGUGAUGGACGAGGCCUUAUUGAAGGAAAUGACAUUUAUGGCAAUGCAUUAGCAGGAAUUCAGAUUAGGACAAACAGUUGUCCAAUUGUUCGACAUAACAAAAUUCAUGAUGGACAGCAUGGUGGGAUUUAUGUGCAUGAAAAAGGACAAGGUGUAAUAGAAGAGAAUGAAGUUUAUAGUAACACUCUGGCUGGAGUCUGGGUGACAACUGGUAGCACUCCAGUACUAAGAAGAAACCGGAUACACAGUGGCAAGCAGGUUGGUGUUUAUUUUUAUGACAAUGGACAUGGAGUGCUGGAGGACAAUGAUAUCUACAAUCAUAUGUAUUCAGGGGUUCAAAUAAGGACUGGGAGCAACCCUAAAAUUAGACGCAACAAAAUUUGGGGAGGACAGAAUGGUGGAAUUCUAGUUUAUAAUUCUGGUCUAGGCUGUAUAGAAGACAAUGAAAUAUUUGACAAUGCAAUGGCUGGAGUCUGGAUUAAGACAGACAGUAAUCCUACACUAAGAAGAAAUAAAAUUCAUGAUGGAAGAGAUGGUGGCAUCUGUAUAUUUAAUGGGGGUCGAGGUCUCCUUGAAGAAAAUGAUAUUUUCAGGAAUGCUCAAGCAGGUGUUCUUAUCAGCACUAAUAGUCAUCCAGUCUUAAGGAAAAACAGAAUAUUUGAUGGAUUUGCAGCAGGUAUUGAAAUUACAAAUCAUGCAACUGCAACACUAGAAGGCAAUCAGAUUUUUAACAACCGAUUUGGAGGCUUAUUUUUAGCAUCUGGUGUUAAUGUGACAAUGAAAGAUAACAAAAUAAUGAACAAUCAAGAUGCCAUAGAAAAGGCUGUUAGCAGAGGCCAAUGUUUAUAUAAAAUAUCAAGUUAUACCAGCUAUCCCAUGCAUGAUUUCUACAGAUGUCACACUUGUAACACCACAGAUCGAAAUGCUAUAUGUGUGAACUGCAUUAAGAAGUGCCAUCAGGGACACGACGUAGAAUUUAUUAGACAUGAUAGGUUUUUCUGUGACUGUGGUGCUGGAACAUUGUCUAAUCCUUGUACGUUAGCUGGUGAGCCUACACAUGAUACAGACACAUUAUAUGACUCUGCUCCACCUAUAGAAUCUAAUACUUUGCAGCACAACUGAAUUCCUUCCCUAAAGAAAAAGUCCUGCCAUUCUAACAUCAUAACUUAAACAUUUUUUGGAAGAUUUAAAAUAUUUGCCCAUGCUACAGAAAGAGACUGUACUAAAAGAAUGGAUACAUAAGGUCAGUUGACACUAUGAAGCUCAAGCUACCAAAAAGAAAGUGGCAAUAUAUUGACUCAGGAUCUCAAAGCUGGGUGUUUUAGCAUUACUGUGUAAAGACUUUUGAAGGGACAGAAGUGAAGAAAAUAAGCUGCAAUUUUGUACAGAUACCAACUUUCUGAAAAGCUGGUGUUUUUACAACUAGCAUUGAAUGCAGUCGAAUUUGCAGUAGUAAUCUUCAAUAGACAAGCAGCUUUGUUGCUGCCUUUAUGGACAUGGGUACCAAUUGCUUUUGUAAUAUGGUAAAAAUGUGAGCUAGCACUUCUGCGUUGAUUUUUUUUUUAACAUGUAUUCAGAUUGAGAAAUAUGAUUUUAAUGCUUUAAUCUCAUGUAGUUUGUUUUUAAUUUCAAGCAAAAUCUUAUUGUACUUGAAUGUGCCCUGUUUUGUUAGCACACCUAGACUUGCUGUAACUGUACUCAUGUCCCAGUAUGUACGUUCUUUCUAUGAAAGAGAAAACACUAAUCUUAAAUUAUAUCCAGCAAUGUUUCUGGUAUCCUUUAAGAAAAGUUAAGACUAUUAUUUCCUUCCCUUCCCUGUGCAGCAUUCAAAAAUCACCCCUAGAAAAAGUGUUUUAAUGAGACUUCCUAGGAAGGGAUGCACUGUAAAACAAAAGUAUUCUUGUAACUCAGUUUUGUGAAAGGUAAAAACUACUAUGUUUUAAAGUACACUUUAGAAAGUCUCUUCAAAACAGUCCUGUAUUUGAACUCUGUUCAUAGUUUUUAUUUGAACAGUUUAGACAGAACUGCUGGAAAUUAAAACGAUUUCCUGCAUUAAGCUGAGACCAGUAUAUAUACAGCUCUAUACAGUUUCAUAGCUUCCCUUACCCCAUUUAUGUGUAUUGGUGACAGUGGGUAUAAACAGCCUGAAAGUGUAUGCAUGUACCAUAACAUCUAGACUUAAUAUAUUGUGGAGUAUCCAAUAACCAUUAUGUAGAAGGUAGGUAAGAAUUAAAAGGGUUUAAUUUCCUAGAAAGAAAAUGGAAAAAUGGUCAUUUUUAAAAAAUAAAGUUUAUUAGAUCAUAA